AUGUGCACUGAGGUUGUAUCUGCUCGAAUCAUGUCGGAAGAACAGAUUGCCGACUUCGGCCAACGUUUUAACGAUCUGCGCAAAAAGAAUCAUCUAGUCGAUUGUAGCUUUAGAUUAGGUGAUGAUAUUUAUCAUUGCCAUAAGCUUAUUCUGUCUGCGGCAAGUCCAGUUUUCGAAACGAUGUUUUAUGGUGCUCUAGCAGAAAAGCAAACUGUAAAAAUAGCAGAUAUUAAAUCCAAAGUCUUUGAAAGGAUGCUGAACUACAUCUACAUAGGUUCCAUCGAAUUUGACUGUAUAGAAAAUAUUGAAGAGAUGCUUGAAUUGUACUACUGUGCGGAAAAGUACAUGAUCGACAGUUUACACGAAAAGUGUGUCAACUACUUUGGAAAAAAUAUUAAACCAAACAACGUCCUCAAAAUACUUGAUAUAGCAUACAGUAUGAAUUUGGACGAUAUAAUUUACUCAUGUAUGUGUGUUUUAAAACACUUUUUUACAUCCGGUAUGAGCUUGAGCAACAUCAUUCUUGAAAGAAACCAUCACCUGUCUAAGAACUGCGUUGAUCUCAUCUUGGAAGAUAACUAUGAAGUCAAAGAUAAUAUUAUAUGUAUGAUACGUGCCUGGUGCAUUACGGAAUGUGAACAAAAUCGGCUUGAGGUGAACACGGACAGCAUGAAAACAGUGUUACAAGACAUUGAGUUGCCGGAUACAUUAAAGAACACAAUAGUCGGAUGUAGCUUUGCGAACUUUACACCAAUCGCCGGUGAUAAAUUCGGUUGGAUACCAGUUCAACGUAUCCAUCAUAAAGCCGUUCGUCCGUUGAUUAUCGGUGACGAGAUGGAGUUUGAGACAAACAUUAGCACCAAUCGAUUUAUCGUUAUAAAAUCGUUAAACAUCAACAGUCGGCUGCUUCCACAGUUAAAGGUAUCGGAUGUACGGCAAGAAAACUAUACAGAAAAGCUGAUGGUGGAAAUUUCUUCCAAGCAUAACAACGAAAGGCGAAAUGUAUAUCAAAAAGAGCAUGUCAUCUGUGAUGUAACAUUCAACGAUAAUCUGCAAGUGAGCUUAUCAGAACAAAUUGUUUUCUUCCCAGAUGUUAAAUAUACUGUGCGGCUUAAGUGGGAUUCUAGCAGUGUGGGAUUUGAAUAUCCACGAUCCAUCCUUUCUGCUUAUGGUAAAAGUAAGCAAUUAUUGGUUACUUUCAGUGAAAACAUGUAUUUUCAAAAUUCUGGCAGCAUUUUAAAUGGAGUUGUUUGUGAUCUGUACAAAUAAUGUGCCUUUGUGUAACAAUGUCAUUGAUAUUGAAGUUUUGUCCAUGAUACGAAGUCCGUUAUAGCAAGGUGCCUGAUAUCCUUACUGAUCUUUUGCACGACCUAAUAUAUCGUUCGUAUGAGUACGUACAAGCAGCACACCUCGCGCGCCAUGAAUAAUUGUUAUAUGAACGCUAUACAUGUGUGCGUACACAGGCUGAUUAUUUUGGUUGUCUAGCAAAUAACAUCAGACAGACUAUAGUGAUUUUUUGGAUUUAAUUCUGCACGGUUGGUACGACAUAAUCGAUAACUUAAAUGAAAUUUAUAACGUACCAAAUUAAACAUUGUUUUG